CACUGACAGUGGAGAGGUCUGUAUGUAAACAAUACAGAUCUCUCCCCUGUCAGCACCAGCAUGCUUACACAGUAAAACACACACAGGCCACAUAGUAAAACAGCACACAGCAGGGUCGGACUGACAACUCACAGUUUACUCUUUGAUCGCCCCAGAUGUUAACCCCUUCCUGCCCAGUGUCAUUAGUACAGUGCCAGUGCUUUUUAUUAGCACUGAUCACUGUAUUAGUGCCACUGGGGAUGUCAGUUGCAGUUAGUCAGUUCCCACCUAGUGUUAGAAUGCCUUCCGCAAUCCCGCUAUAAGUCGUUGA